AUGCUGACACCGGACCGACACAACCUCACCAUCGGUCACUGUCGCGCGCAACGACAGGCACUCUAUUCCCACACCGAUCUUGGCACACCCACGCUGCUAAAGAAGCACCCGAAACCCAUCAUCUUUACCCCACGGGCAAGUGAGGAUGAGUGGACGGAAAGUCAAGAAGAACUUGAGCGCUGGGGUAUGGGAGCCACCAAGACGACCAAGCCAGGGUCUAGUCAAGUCACAGCACCAAGCCGCUCGCAAGGACGGGGUUUGGAGUACGAGGAAGCUGCCAAAGGUCCACGCGCCGCCACAUCCCCCUUAGGAGUGUCUACUAUGGCCAAAAGAAAGAUCCAACAUGACCCAUACAAGCAAAAGAGUAUGGACGGCUACAUCUCGCGCACCGCCCCGCCCCGUCUUACUAAGACUACACCAAAGAGCAAAGAAGUCGCCCCCGCCCAACCACCCAAGCCCAUCCAUACUCAGCGGAAACGGCGACGAGAAGACGACGACGACACGGAUGCGGCGCGGCCCCCCGCACAGGACAUCAGGCUUACGAGAAGUGCCAAAAAGCGACUAGAUGCAGGGUCAACCAGUCGACACGCAGAUGAAGAUGAUGCACACAGCCUGCACGAGUCCUACAUAGCAGGAGCAACAGACGAUGAUACAGGCAGUGUUUUUGAGUCAGAGAACUACAGCGAUCCCGAGGGCGACGAAGAGGACAUGUUUCUGAGUUCAGACGACAACGAGGACGAGGCCAGCCAAUCUGAGGACGAGGCCGACCAGUCUGACGAGGCCAACCAGUUCGAAGACGAGGCCAACCAGUCCGACGACGAUGCCGACAUCCACCAUGCGGACGAUGAUGACAUGAAGGAGACACAGUAUUCCCUCGAGAUACCGCUACGCGACAAAGACCUCUUUAAUGUAGAUGUUACCGCCGCCGAGGUUACAUCCAUGGUGGAAAAGGUUCUACCUGCGCUGUCUUCCAAGAAAAUCCAACGGUUUUACAAGACAAUUAGAUCCAAGGAUGUUCACAACAAGUAG